GAAGCAGAAGCUCCUUGACCACCACUUGGCGGAUUUUGUGCGAAAAAAAUGACGUCCGCGUCUACCCGGAGCGCGACGAGGAGCCAUAAGAGCAGCAUCAACGCUGCCAGGCAGUUGCUCGCCGACGCAGGUAUCUAAGGACCUUUCCUAAUUUUCGGUUGUACACGAGGCAGUGCCUGUGCCUCAUAAGCAUUGUUUGUGGGGUAGAGGUCCUUUCCUUGGUCGUCUAUGAUUUUGAUUCAAAUCAGAGGACAACUUCGCUGACAAAUCCUCACUUCACAGAAGCAGCAUUCAACCCGCAUGCGGACGAGCAUAUCAGCGUCGCUAGUUCCACACCGUCAGGAUCGCGAAAGCCGAGUAAAGGCACCCUGUCGAGCACAAGUAGAGUCUCAAAAUUCUUCGACGAUGAGGGCGUCACGUUCAGAAAUGGUAAGAUCAGUCGUGGGUUUCGGUCUGGCUUUAAUUCUUCCUCGCGAUGAAUGUGUUUUUUUUGUGUGCGAGAAUCGUAUCAAUUAGUGAUUCUGGAAUCAAAAUUCCCCACACCAUGACCAAGGUAUUGCCGGAGAGCACUACGAGAUGGGCGCUGCGCUCGUAGACUGCUCCUCCACGAGCAAGACAGAGGACGCCCACUGGUCUUCAGCAGAGGAGGAAGGGGAGCAGUGGUGCAUCUACGACCUCGGCGAGCGAACCGUACUGACGGAGCUCAACUUCAAGUUCGCAGGAGGCGGCUGCAUGCCACAGGUAAGUACUAAUUUUUUGCCGAUUUGUCGUGGUGUUUCAUGUGCGUCGCUGGUGCAAGGCGAUGAAUAAUUACUACCGGGAAUAAAUGGUGGAGUGUAACAAGUGUUGCAGCUGUACCGAAAUAACGAAAUACCAAAUCCUGCUUCUACAGUGCGUCGCGAUCUCCUACUGCACUGCGAGUAGCUUGAAAGAAGCGAAGACUGCAACUUUCAUCUCCGUGAAGCGGUCCUUCGUGCCACAAGACUGUAUUUUUCUUUUUCUCUCUGUUUGGCUUUGUCAGGAAGAUGUGCGGAAACUCAGUGUCUCGCCCUGAAUUUUCGGAUUUCUGUUGUCUGUGCAGUCAGAGAAUUCAAACUUUAUGCAAAACCACCAGCAACGAAGCUCCAUAUGGGCUUCCGGUGCGAGGAUGCAGCAAGGUUCUGGAAAGUUUCUUACCCAAUAAAUUGGGGCGGGGAGAAGACUGUGGUUGCUGACAUGCAGUUUAUCGCGGAAGACGUCGGCAGCCGAAAACUCUGUAAGAUUCUUUUCGAUGGGUUUAGUUCUGAUGCACGAGCAGUCUGUGGAAUUUUUUUUGUCCUGCGUGACUUUUGUUCAGAGAUGAAUUUUUCACACAACGCUCUCAAAGGUAACGGCCUGAAGCAAAUGUCGCUCGAGCACUCGUCCCAACUUGGGCGAUUGUGCAACAUCUUCAACGAAACAGCAACCUUGAAUAUUACAGUGAAAAAUGCCCCCCACCCCUGAAAUUGCAUAAAAUUUGUGAUGCGAAGUUUCCAAAUGAAAAUUUUUUGUCAUGCAUGAAAGGAGUAUGAGUCUUUGUCUUUCGGAUGCAGAGUCUAGGCGUGUAUCGCAUCGCUUGCAUGACAAGCGCCACUCUUGCUGGCGUCUUUUGCAAUGCAAAUUUUUGCUAGUAUUCACGAUCGGAAAUCUGUGAUGCUGAUAGAUGCAAGAGGGCGAGUGUUUCAUUUGGAAAGGUUUGCAAUACAAAUGCUCCCAAGUUCGGGGGUGGGGGCAUUUUUCACUUUGAUAUUGAACGACGCGCAAAAGGAAGUCCGUGCGAUUGCACGAAAACACAACAUCCCGCUUGGGGACGCAGAGACACUGCGGGUGAAAUUUGAAAAAUACGACGCGGACGGAAGUGGUACUUAAAAUCAAGUAUAGAAACGCGUGAUCAAGAUGAAGAAGAUUUGCAGUUGGUUCGUGAACACUGAUAUUUUUAGCGUGCCUACUUCGAAAUAAAACUUCUAAAACCCGAUGCAGGUCAAAUCAGCAAGGACGAGUUUUCCUGCAUUCUGCGUGAGCUCAUCCGCGUGAAGAACGUCAGCGACAUUCCGCAGGAGCGCUUCAACCACUACUGGCGCGAGGUUGAUCUCGACCACUCGGGAGAAAUUAGUUUUGAGGAGUUUUUAGUCUGGUAUAAGCCCCAUUUAUUAUUAUUUUGUUUCUUCAUCUUCAUUAACAUUAUCCGAGACGAAGCAAAGCCUAAGCAUGCAUCUGGAGUGGUCUUGUCGGUAUGUCUCCAGGCGCGCGUAGCAACCAUUAAAACCGAAACACAAAAAUCAGGUACACCAACAUUGUGAAGACCGGUAGUUUGAACCCGAAGUCUUUCUACGCGACCUUCGGCGGCAACCGGUUGAAAGUUUUGGCGGAAGAAACCGAACGUCCCAGAAUGCCCAGCAAAUGAAAUUGAUACAAAAUUGAAAUUCAAAACGAAAGUACGAUGAAAUCGUGUACAAAAUGAAGCACACUAUGCGCAUGUGUGUCUAUUAACAAACUACCAGAGCACUUGUUUCCAAAGAUACUGAAAUUGGGGAUGUCGACGAAUUUACGUCCUGUAGUCCUUAAAGGUGAAUUAGAGAGUAAAAAGCACUAAAAAACACGGGUUCAUCGCGUGUUUUGCCGCUUGCCAGAAAACUGUAACCAGUAAAGAAGCGGAUGCAGAAAUGCACCUACAGACCAGCUCCUUUCUUGAUUCUUGUAACAAAAGCACAAUCCGACUUGCGAAGCAGUAGCAGAUCUUGACAAGUUUUGAUCGACUUAAAAGACCUGGAUCGAGAGUAUCAGGCACAAGCAAAAGGCACGGCUCCAUCGCCGCGCCGAAAAUUUCCCUUUCAUUGUUACCGUGUAAAAAGCUUGAGAUCCAUCGAAGCUCGUACAACUACUUAAU